CAAUCUACACUUCACGCACACCUCACUAGAAUGGUGCGACAACCCAGUCAUAGCUUGAAUUACCUCACAUUAUGAGGAUUCGCUCCCCAGUGCUAGCCGCACUUCUGUCGCCAUCGCCGUUCCACCACCUUGCCUCUCGGUGUCCUAAGCACAUACGAUGCGCGACAGCCGUUCUACACUCACACAUAUAUAACCAACGAAAGAACAACCACUCAUUCCGGAGACUCCCUGCUGAAUGCGACGAGGAUGAUGAUCGGCAAACGAAGCCCGAGGCGGCCACAUCUUCAUUCGUGCCCCCAACCUCCCAGUCCGUCCGACAGACAGAAAGCCGGCGCGAGGAGAAAGCUUUACACUCGAAGCAUAACGCCAUGAUCUCGUCGGACAUGCCUCGCUCGGACUCACUACCACGGUCGUUCUUCGCUGACCGGCUCAAUCCCCCAAUUUCCACCCUCCCUCCACCUCUCGAAAAUCUGCCACCUCGAAGUGAUUACAAUUGGAUGAUAGCGUAUCUAUAUACAUGCGGACAGAUUUACUAUAGAUUUUACAAAGCUGCCCUCUACCAACUUUGGAACAAUCGGAAGAUAUUGCGUGCUCUAGGCCCAGAGCCCAUUCUUGCUAGAACAUUGAGGUCAAAUCGUAAUCCUAUACCUUCGGCAGACCUCGAGAACCUAGGUGCAAAACUACUUGCGAAGCUGAAAACCAACACCGAGAAAAGUAUGCACGCACACAUCGCUAUACUCGCUCCGCUGCAUAUACCUGCUGGUUUAGACUGGUCGCAUCCUGAGACUCGUGUAGGAUCGCAGGUAGUGCUUCUCCCACCACGACAAGAUUACAAGCAUUGUACGCCGCUCGACUGGAAGUGGAGCAAUCUUGGCCCGAACGAUAAGAUACAAUUAGAAAGUGAUCCUUGUAAGUCUCUUGAACAUUGGCAAGAGAAUUGGGAUCGUAUCACCACUGCUACUACUGCGCAUGGGACCCACACCGAAAAGGCCACAAUUAUUACUCUUCCUGAAUACUGUCGUGCAGAAUUCCAAUUUCGUGAGCGGACCAAGCGUGAUCUUCGAAGAUUGGUCCCGUUCGCAACAAUUCUGCUUGUUCUGGGUGAAUGGACACCUCUCAUCGUCGCAUUCGUGACCCCAUUAGUCCCACGCGUCUGCUGGCUCCCAACCCAGCAGUCCAAGAUGAUCCAAUCACGAGAACGCUUUGCGAGCCAAAAUGAACUCAGCUUUGUUAGGAGGAGAGCUCAGAGGAACCAAAACCUGGCGCUACAUAUGAGAGAACGGCUAGCUGGUCAACUGAGGCCAAAUUGGCUCAGAUUCAAAAUCCCAAUGGUUUUCGUUGGUACCUUGUUACAAAGAGUGCUCAGAUAUCUCGAUUUUGAUGACGCGCUGAUACGUCGAGAUGGAGGCGUCGCUGGUAUGACUGAUGCCGAAGUUCACAUGGCCGCUGUGGAGCGCAGUAUUCGAGUCUCGGAUCGACAUCAUAAGGACAUCAGGGAGGAUCUUGAUUGUUGGGUUCGGAAGGGAGGAUGGAGAAGUCUCCUCAACUAUAGUGAAUAUUCUGGAGAAUGAAAGUACAAGCUGGGUCGGUCAUGUUCAAUCUUGGCGAUAGCAUUGUAUCCACAAACGUCGAAACCUGGAAUAUG